GUUGCAUUUAACCAAGAACAAAUCACCGUCUACCGAAUUCAAACGGUCAUAUAGCGCAGCCCUUCCCAUUGGAAUCGGGAACCUGGUUCAUGAAGGACUGUAUAAGUUGUCUAAGUUUCUUGCAUGUCUGUAGCGCCUUUGGCUUGCAGUUUGUCACUCGAAAGAUACUCUUAUGCUAAAGUAAAACCGCGAAUACGUUUUCAAUACGGCGCUUCUGAAAACUGUGAACUGUUUAAAUUACCAACUUGAGUGCUCGUAGUUAGUUCAUUUCUGCUUUCAGUUGCAUUGCAAAUCUGGCAUUGCAUAUCACCGUAUAAUGGCUACAGAUGCUAAUGGCGUCCUCAAGAACAUGCCUGACAACUCACUAAAGUCUCCGCAACCUUCUCGUUUCUUUCACUCUGAUUCAGAAAACGAAACUGACUCCGCUUCUACCAGGACUAACACACAAACAGGCAGUAAUGAUUCUCUGAGUCAUCGUUCCCAGUCCUCAUCCUCUUCUUCCUCCAUCCCAGCACCUACUGCUACAUCUUCCGAUGACGAAGCAUUUCAGGCAUAUACCAGCAUCAUAGGUUCGUCUGAUGAAAAUGCGAAACAACUAUGGAAUCUUGCAAAAGGUAAUCUUGAGGUAGCCGUAAACAUGUACUUCGACAAGACUACCUCCUCUGUUCCAGCAUCAGACGAGCACUUUCGUUCAGAACCUUCGCCUUUUAACCGUUCCGAAAGUGAUGUCGGAACAUACAGUUCACCAAUCUCUUCACCGAAAAAGAGAAAAAAGCAUUCCGAUUUUUCUAUCUUUCGCGGGGCCCGUAAAAAACAGGCUUUUGAAGCUCCCGUACAGCCCAUCUCUAAUUUCUUCAACAGUUCAAAAAACAACAGAAAGUUUGUUGGUUCCUUUGGUGCCGAAGCCUGGUCAAGCGUUUCCGGACACCGGCUUGUUUCGGCUGGUGAACGUGUGUUUCUUGAACCUCAGAAGCUUAAUGCUCGCAUAGGCCGCGGCGGUCGGAAACGCUCUAAGAAUCACUCCAAAUCCAAUUCAGAAGCCCUGCCCGGAACACUUGUUCGCUUCUACAGUGAGAAACAUGUAGAGGUCGGACGUUUACCCAAGGAGAUUGCAACUAUUGUUGCUACUCUUUCGCAUAAUGGGUAUUGGUCUUUCGAAUCGAAAUGUAUAUAUGCAGACGAAGAAUUACAUAUAGGGAGCAACAUUACUCUGCAGCUUUAUUGUUUCCUUGAUUUAGAAGCAUUGUCCCAUCGCUCACCCGUAAAGUUUGCAUCGACAGUGGAAGAAGAAGGCCAUUAUACUGAUUUGGUUAGACGUCAACGUGAUUCUUUGCUUCAUCUUUUAUCUUCCAUCGCUGCCGUCCCCAUAAAAAAAGCCAUAAAAAACGAAGAUAAGUCUGGCCCCUUGUAUACCGAUAUCCUUGAAGCAUCCGCAAAAGCACAAAUACCAUUACCGCUUUCUCAACAAAAUGAAACUCCUGAUACAGAAGAAGAUGAAGUUAUAGACGAUCAAUUAGCAACUCUUUAUACAAAGGCUCAAGUCUCAUAUGCUAAUCUUCCUUCUGCUGAACCGCCGAACAAUUUCAAGCUUCAACUUCGUGGCUAUCAAAAACAGGCCCUCCACUGGAUGUUGGAAAAAGAACGGAAAGCUGAUUCACAAGACGAUGAUGCCGCAAUGCAUCCCCUUUGGGAGCAAUUUCGGUUCCCUUCUGCUCCUACUGAUGAACUUGAAGGCAUCGUUUAUGAUUCUGCCGACACGACACAUGAAUACUUUUACGUAAAUCCUUACUCGGGGGAGGUGUCCAUUCACUUUCCUCGUUCUUCUGACAAGGCAUACGGUGGCAUCCUGGCUGAUGAGAUGGGUCUUGGAAAAACAAUUGAAAUGCUUGCGCUAAUCCAUUCAAGACCGUCUGAUGAGAAUGUUAAAGCUGAUCAUAACACAAAGCAACCUUAUGCAUCCAAAACAACACUCAUUGUUGCACCUAUGUCUUUGGUCGACCAAUGGAAUCGUGAAGCACGAAACCUUUCUGAAGAAGAUGCAUCAGAAAAAGUACUGGUCUAUUAUGGUGCUGAAAAAGAAAUUGAUUUACGCUCAGUAUUACUUCGAAAGACAAAAUCACCAAUGAUUGUCAUCACAAGUUACGGUGUUCUACUUUCAGAAUAUCAAAGAAAAAACGAAGAGAUAUCUGGAGGAUUGUUUUCCGUUCGUUGGUUUCGCGUUAUUUUAGAUGAAGCUCAUCACAUAAAAAAUCGACUUAGUAAGACUGCUCAGGCAUGUUGCUCGUUGGAGUCGUCCCACAACUGGGCAGUUACAGGAACUCCAAUUGUCAAUCGGCUUGAGGAUCUCUACAGUCUUGUCCGUUUCUUACGAGUAGAACCCUGGUGUAAUUAUACAUACUGGCGCACUUUCAUAUCCUUGCCUUAUGAGUCGAAAGACGUUCUAAAGGCGUUGGACACCGUACAAUCUGUCUUGGAGCCUUUGAUCUUGCGGCGUACAAAGGAGACUCGUAAUGCAGACGGUUCACCAAUUGUUGAAUUACCUCAAAAGCAUGUACAUAUUGAACGGCUUGAGUUCACGGAUCCCGAAAAAGAAAUCUAUGAUGCGGUGUUUGCUAAGGCUCGAACGACGGUUGACGAAAAUAUCGCCGCCGGAACACUUUUCAAGAAUUACACAACUAUUCUUAGUCUACUUUUGCGAUUGCGACAGGCCUGCUGUCAUCCAAAACUCCUGCUUCAUAAAGGAAGUGAGGCCGAAAAUGCGUCUUCACUUGCAAGCAGUCAAAUACAAGCACUGGCAGAAACAUUUCAGAUUGAAAAUCCUCAAAUAUCAUCCGCUUCCUUGGGUCUUAGAAGCACAGAUGAACUGAAAAAUAUCCUUUCUGAAUGUCCUAUAUGUUGUUCAGAGCCUGUCCAGAAUCCAGUGCUUACCAAAUGUAGGCAUGCGGCCUGCGAAAAAUGCCUAGCUGAGCAUUUGGAAUAUCAAAUUAAGCGUAACAUAAAUCCACCGCUGUGUCACACUUGUCGACAACCAAUCGAUAAAAAGGAGGUUUAUUCUCCAUGUUCAAAGGAUGACAUAUCUCUACUAAAACCUCAAAAUUUGAAAUGGCGAAGUGUUCAUCAACAUCAAUCCAUCAAGCUGACUUCUCUGCUCAAGCACUUACGUCGGGUCUUUGAAGAACAUAAAGAUGAAAAGGUUGUCAUUUUCUCUCAAUUUACUACAUUUUUGGAUUACAUCAGCACACUUCUCCAUUCGCAAGGCAUUGAACACACGCGUUUCGAUGGAUCAAUGUCUCAAAUAGCACGGGCAAAUGCGCUUGAGCACUUUCGUGACAGCAAAACGAGUAAUGUCUUAAUCGUUUCGUUAAAAGCAGGCGGUGUCGGCCUUAACCUUACAUGUGCCAACCAUGUUUACUUGAUGGAUCCCUGGUGGAGCUGGUCCGUGGAAGCACAAGCACUUGACAGAGUACAUCGUCUCGGACAAGAGAAAGCCGUUCAUGUAACUCGUUUUAUUAUUCGCGACAGUGUUGAAGAGCGAAUGUUGAAAAUCCAAGAACGAAAAAACUUUAUUGCAGGCACGCUGGGCAUGUCAAAAGAAGAGCAACGCGUGCAAUCCUUGCAGGAUAUCAAAACCCUGUUUGAGUAAGCCUGUCCAAGUCAGGCCGUUCAAACCAAAAAAGCAGUUGUCCCGUCCCUUCUACCUCCAUCUCGACUCCCCGAGUCCUCCUGUCUCGCUUUCCCGUCUUCCCCGUAUUCAUAUACUUGUCCAAAAUCCAUUCUUGAAUCACCAAACACACUUGCUUGUCUCAUUCUCAUCUAUCACUUUAUGUACGUCGAGCGUUCAUAGACUACGACGGCAUAUCUAAUUUUGCUUGAGGUCAGCGUUGAUAGCUUGGUACUUUUCGAAGCUCUCCUUGAAAAGGUUGGCAUCUAAGGCAUUGUUAGUAAAUAAAGGUUUCCCAUACACCACCGGUAACGAUAUCACAAUCCAAUUGUACAUACUUUCAGAGUUGGCGAAACGAAUAGCAAAAGUCUCAGCAGCAGGCUCACCCUCGCUGACAUCAGCAGCAACAGUCCAAACCCAGCUACGGUCACUGCCAACAUUGGGAGUCAACUUCAUCUCGGGCAUCACUAGAGUCGUUGUUAGCGUUAUGAUCCUGAUAGAGAGCAUGGAACGGGCAUCCUUAGAUGCAGUCCAAAGUCGCAAUUAAAUUCACUUCAAACUUCACUUGUGAAUUGUGAUCUCGGAAGCAAUUGAACCACGUAAUCAACAAAUGAAGUUUACAGCUCCUUAGACUUCUUUCAACCCGUUCCAUAUUAAACUUACACAAAUGGUUAGCGCAGACCUUAAGAGUCUUGUCACGACGCAUGACAAGACGGGUCUUCUUAGAUUCCUUGUGUUGGAGAAGACGGGCAUCACCAGUACCACGCUCCUUCCACUCAUUGUUAGGCUUGUCAAAGCGGAAAAGCUUAGCACGCAUCUUGAAGACGACAUCUUCGUCCUCCUCGUUGGUCUUGGUCUCAACAGCCGUCAACUUGACGACGGGCUCGAAAUGAACCUCAGGUUCAGUCUCAUCAGCUUGUUCUCCAGCUUCAGCCUUAGUAGGCUCAGCAUCCUUGGGCUUCUCCUCAGUAGUUUCCUUCUUGGCCUCAGGAGCCUUGGCAGAGUCACUGAACACGGCCUUGGCCUCCUCCGUCUGCUUCUCAGUAGCAGCGGAAAAAGCGCUCUUCUCUCCCUCCUUGGAAGUAGUGGUAGCUUGAAUAUCCUUCUCUGCCGACAUGUUGCCCGUGUGCGGUUCUUGGUACGAUGGAGUACUUGGAGGAAGAGCUUUAUGUGGAAGGCCUCCAGGGUCGAAAGAAGGCAGUUCAUUAAAUUGUAUCGUUUUAUAAAUAUACGGCUCUCUUUGAAUAUUGCGAGUACAUUGGAAUAUUUUGUUCUGUAUACUAGUGUAAGUUUUUGUGAACAGUUUCUUCUUUCCUUUACCAAACUUU